AUGUCACAGCUUCAUCAUUACUUGACGUUUCCUAAGCGUCCAAUCACUCAGGAUGAAUACUUCCCUGCCAUUCAGAAAUUAUUAAGUGCCGGUGUUCCUGCAACUUAUACGCUGGAACAAAUUGCAGCUUUUGAACAAGGUAGAGAGGAUGAAGAUGAUGCUGAUGCUUCCAAUACAACACCAUUGCAUGUAAUGGCAAGAUCUCUGCCCCAGGAUUUGAGCAAGGAUGAAGAACAAGUAGUGCUUAACAUUAUGAACGUUUUGUUCGAAUACGGUGCAGGUUGGAAUUUUAUCGACUACGAACAAAAGACAAUUGGUGAUCUUUUGCUUGAGAACGGUCAGUCGAGAGAUGGAGUGCUGUAUUCACGUCUGGUGGAUGCUGGUGUCAGUGCUGAAUUGCUACUUAGGAAAAUCAAUGGGGGUGAGAUUGAAUUUAUUGAGGAACCAGUAGAAGCGGAAGAGGAAACGCCAUCACAAGAGGAUCCUGCGACACAAGAAGCUCCCCAAGAAGCUCCUCAAGAGGCUACUCAAGAGGCUACUCAAGAGGCUACUCAAGAGGCUUCUGAUGCUUCUACCGAUCAGAAAGCUUAUUUAGAAUCCAAAUUGGAGUAUACCAAGGAUUCUUUGGUUACAGACGAAAACAGAGAUGGUGUGAUGAUGGAUUGGGAAACCGCUAUUAUGGAGAAGGCGGCAGAAUCCAUCUGUGCUAAUGAAGAUGCUACUGUGGUAAAUAUUGGAUUCGGUAUGGGUAUCAUCGAUACUGCUAUUCAAUCUCAUCAUCCAAAGAAGCACUAUAUCUGUGAAGCUCAUCCUGACGUUUUGAAAAAGAUGAAAGACGAAGGCUGGUAUUCUAAACCCGGUGUUGUUGUGCUGGAGGGAAGAUGGCAAGAUCGUUUAAAUGAAUUGCUAGAUGAGGGCGAAGUAUUCUUUGAUGGGAUUUACUACGACACCUUUAGCGAGCACUACGAGGAUAUGUUGGAACUUUACGACGUCAUAGUUGGGCUGUUAAAACCUGGCGGUGUUUUCUCAUUUUUCAAUGGGUUAGGUGCAGAUAGACCACUUUGCUAUGAUGUGUACAAGAAGAUUGUCGACUUGGACGUCUCCAACUACGGUCUUCGCUGCGACUACGAAGUUUUACCUGUGGGUAAACGCAAUUGGGAUGAGGUGAAAAGAUCAUAUUUCAAUUGUGAUUAUUACUAUCAUCCACGCAUAUCGUUCGGAUAG